CGAGCCGGUUCGACAUCAGAACUCCACUGAGCCUUUGCUAAGGGUUUGUUUGCCGAUCCUUGAGCAGGAGCAAGACCAAAGGUGUCAUUGCACUCUGAGACUGCCAGCAAGGCCACGACGGGCGAGCUGGAACGGGCUCUAAGCGCCUUCUUUGCGACCCUCUACAUCGACCUCGCAGGCGUGGCGCUGCGCUUUCAGCGCUUGGACUUCCAUCCGAAGACCCUGGCCAUCCAGUUGACGGCGGAGAUCCGACGGAUUCCCAAUCCCUUCCGGGACCAGAUCUGAGGAGCCUUUGUUCAGAGAGAGAUCCGGAUUGAGCGAGAAGAGCGAGCUCUUGGAGCCCAAGAGGAUCCGAAGAACCCCAAAACACGAGCCUGUGAGGCUCGAAGAGGAUCCGAAGAGGAUCGAAGCAUGUUACCUCUCUCCUUCGGCCGAAGGUUCAGCCCAAAGAGGCCACGUGUGGCGGAGAAGGAUGGAUUGUGCGUGGGGUCUUGCUUUCAAGGUAGUGAACGACGUGCUCAUAGUCUGGGCUGGUCAUUGUAAUCUAUACCUGAAUGGAUCCGAGAAUGGCAUCGUACCGUCCCCGUGGUUUGAGCCGUUUCAGCUAUAUAAGUCCAAUAUAGUCCAGCGCUUUCCAACGUGCUCAGCUUCUGCCGCUUUGGGCUCGAUCACAGCGGUGUGGACACCCCGUCACCGUGUCGAUCCCGAUAGCGAGCAGUGAGGCGAUGAGCCUCUUACAACCGGCGCCCGCCGUGAUCGGGGCGUUCUCCUUAACGGCCAUCGUCGGGCUGAUCGUCCUGGGACAUUUCAUCUUUUGCGUCGCGAUCCUGGGGAAUGUGGACUCCGAGAAGUCGAUCACCGUCUCGGGGGUGGAGCUUUCGACGAUGCUGCAGUGCGCAGCUGGGGCCUUCUGCCUCCUGGGCUUGCCCUUGACGAUCCACGGAGGUAUUGGUGCCAUCUACCGCAUUCCGAGCCACUUGAAUACGUACUUGAUGUACCUGGCUGUCUCCCUGGUGGCGGGCGCCAGCUUCUUGAUCUCCGUCGCGGCCAAUCAGCGGCCCUGCCACACGCGGCAACCACACGUGCCUGGAGAGAUGGCCACCAUGGUGUGUGGACUUCCCAGCGGUAGCGCCAUGGUGCUGCUGGCCAUCUUCCUGGUGGUGGUUUGUGUUUCCAUGUACUUAGUCUGGUCUUUGACCGAAAACACCAAGAAGAGCUUGCAGACCGACCUCUUUAGGUACCAGGAACCGCUGCAGAUGAAAGCGCAACUGGGUGAAGAAGCAAUGGCCCAGGCGCAACGCAAUGCGCGCGGUGGAGUGGCUGCUGCUCACCGAGGGGCCAUCCCCGGUGCUUUGUGGAAUGCUGCAGCUCUGUGAUGGCCACUUGGCGCAGACAUUCAGAUCUGUACGUCAAUGACUUGCCAGCUGGUGA